AUGGAGUCAUCCUCAAACGGUCUGCUUACCCAAGUUACUCAGUUCUGGAACCUACUAGAUGAUUUGGCUGAAAGUAACCCUGAGAGCUAUAAGAGCUUCAUUCAACAGCAACUGAAAGAGGGCAAACAGCUUUGUGCUGCCCCAGAACCUCAGCUCUGUCUACAAACAAGAAUCCUGAAACCUAAAGAAAAAACACUUUUUAUCAACCUAUGUCAGUGGAAAAGGAUUCCAGCUCCCCAAUCAACCACUGAUCCAGUACCUCUGAGUGUUGGCAGGCCAGAAGAUAUGUCUGAAACAUCAGAUGUCUACACAGUCAUAGAUGUUGCCUACAAUCCUGAUGUUCUCCAGGCAGCAGAAAAGGACCAAGUGAAAAAAGAUCAAUUAAUACAUAUGGCCAUGAAAUGCAUUGAGGAACAACUCCAGUUCACACUCUCACACAUUUACCAUAUUACCAAAUUUAAAAUAAAAGGAAGCAUUCAAAGGAUGAAACAAAAUCUGAUGGGAAUCCAAACUGGCCCCACAGAUUUAAGAGAGAAAAUGAGAAAAGAACUAACCCUUGAACAGAUGAGCAGCAGCACUCUGAGUAAUUCAGAUCACUCCCCUCAACUUUUACUGCCAAAGGACCAAGUUUCAAGCAAAAAGGGGUGCCUGAUAGAAGAGAUUUCCAGUACAGAGAUCCAGGUGGAGAUGAAGAGACCAGCCUAUGAAUUAAAAAUGGUGGCAGAUGAGAAUGAGAAACCACUGAAAAUUGAAUUAAAAGUUGAAUUACCUGGUAUUAAUUCAGUAUCUCUCUGUGACCUUAGUGUUUCUGAGGAUGAUUUACUGAUUGAGGUCUCUGAGAAGUACAGAUUGCAUCUGAAUCUUCCAGAAUCUGUGAAUACUGAAAUGACUACAGCAAAAUUUAUCAAAGAGAAAGCUACAUUGAUCGUCACAAUGCCAUUGGUAAAGGAGAAAAGAUAG